AUGUGGCGUCCACCAAGACUGUAUCAAGGUGGUUAUUGUCGACCCGGAGUACCAUCGGCUGAACCGACCGUACGAUUUCCGAGUACGAGUGGUAAUAUGGGUGCGGUUCCUCCGCCGGCGGCUUUGACUGUUCCCAAUGCUGUUGGAUUCAAUUCUAUGGUGAAGAAUUUGGAGAGGCAAAAAGAAGAAGAGUACGCUGCUCUGAUGUCGAGCGGUGGUACCUCUGCACACUCUAAGCGUGGACCGCGUAAAAAGAAUAUCUACGAUGACGAGUAUCUGGAGAAGGACUCCGAUGGCGAUGACGAACUGGCUUACCAACCGGCACCGGAGAGUCCAACGGGAGCAAAAGUCCCUGGAAAAGAAGACAACGAUGAGGAAGAGGAUCCUUUAGAUGCUUUUAUGGCAGGUGUUGAGAAACAGGCACGAGAAGAUAAAAUAGCGAGCGUAAAGAAGGAUCAAGAGCGAUCAGCUCAAGUAGAAAGUGGUAUUGAAACAGACGAGGAUAAGAAGAAAGGAUUAGGGCGGACGGAUAUUGAUGAUGAGGACAUGCAGGAAUCGUAUUUCAAAUUUUUGGAAGAACGAAAAGCGAAUGCGCCAGAAGAAGAGGAGAUUUAUGAGUAUGAUGAAGAUGGAAAUAUUAUUUGGACUUGGAAGAAGGUUAUUGACCCAUUGACAGCAAUCGAUCAUUCGUCUAUUCAGUAUGCACCGUUCAACAAAAAUUUCUAUCAAGAACACGAGCAGAUUAAAGCGAUGAGUGCACUAAAAGUAUUCGAGAUUCGGAACCGGUUGAAUCUAAAAGUUGCUGGUUUGAAUCCACCAAAACCAGUCUCGGCUUUCGCACAUUUUGGUUUCGAUGAAGCGCUGAUGAAUGUGAUUCGCAAGUCUGAAUAUGAACAUCCAACGGCCAUACAAGCACAGUCGAUUCCGGCAGCGCUAAGCGGGCGUGAUGUGUUGGGUAUAGCUAAAACCGGAAGCGGUAAGACAGUCGCUUACUUAUGGCCUGCAAUUGUACACAUUAUGGAUCAGCCGACGCUUGAACCGGGUGACGGGCCGAUUGCUCUUAUCGUUGUUCCGACCAGGGAGUUAGCGAUACAGGUGUAUCAAGAGGCGAAACGUUUUUGCAAAGUUUAUAAUAUAGCAGUGAUUUGUGCAUAUGGUGGAGGGAGUAAAUGGGAGCAACAGAAUGCACUCAAAGAAGGUGGUGAACUUGUAGUUGCCACUCCGGGUCGUAUAAUUGAUCUUGUCAAAAUCGAAGCAACCAAUUUCAAUCGUGUAACAUUUUUGGUUUUCGAUGAAGCCGAUCGAAUGUUCGAUAUGGGAUUUGAGGCACAAGUGAAGUCGAUAUCAGAUCACAUUCGGCCUGAUCGACAAUGUUUAAUGUUCAGUGCAACAUUUAAGUCGAAAGUUGAACGAUUAGCGCGCGAUGCACUCGUCGAUCCUGUUCGAAUCGUGCAAGGUGAAGUGGGUGAGGCGAAUGAAGAUGUUGUACAAAUAGUUGAAGUAGUACCGAACGUUGAUGCAAAAUGGCGAUGGCUUCUACAACAGCUCGUUCAGUUUUUGUCAAACGGAAAAGUUUUGAUAUUCGUGACGAGAAAGCAAAACGCUGAAGAAGUGGCACAGCGUUUACGAACGAAAGACUUCUCGUUGGUGCUACUGCACGGUGAUAUGUUACAAGUGGAAAGGAAUGAGAAAUUAUUAGCGUUUAGAAAGAAGACUGCCCUCAUGGUUGCUACUGAUGUUGCAGCUCGUGGUUUGGAUAUACCUGAAAUACGGACGGUGAUAAAUUUUGAUUUGGCAAGAGAUAUUGAUACGCAUGUGCAUAGGAUUGGAAGAACUGGUCGAGCGGGUGAGAAGGGUUUCGCGUACACACUGGUAACUGAAGCAGAUAAAGAAAUGGCUGGGCAUUUGGUUCGGAAUUUGGAAAGUGUCAAUCAGCAAGUACCGGACGCACUACUCCAACUCGCACUCAAGUCAUCGUGGUUCAGAAGUAGUCGAGGGAGCGGACCACAAGCUGGUGGUCCUAAACGACUUGGUUUGGGAUAUAAGCCGAGAACAAGGCCUGGAAUCGGAGUAGUUGAGUCAGGUGGUGGUCAGACCAAAGAAACAGCCAAAGCGUUAGCUUGUGAAGGGCGGAGUGAACCGAAGAAACGUGGUCCACUGGAUGUAGCGAAAUCGGCCGAUGGUUCAACAAAUCGGUUAAAAGCCAUGAAAGCUGCUUAUAAGACCUGUUUGAAGACUUCUUUCAAAGCAUCGUCAAAUGACGAAUGGGCUGCGAGCAGAUCUGCUCCAACCGACCCAACACCCGAAUGGAAGCGAAAACUUGAAGAGGCAGCUGCUGCGAUUCAAUCUGAAAUUGCGCAUACACCUUCGAAUGAUAACGACAAUACUAACCAUAGCAGCAAGAAUGCAUACAUCUCCAACUCGAAUAGUCAGCAGCAAUGGGACUCGCAGGGAGGACCAACGUUCGGAAGUAAGAAGCGAUCUCGUUGGCAGUGA